UCAUUUGCCUCCUGUGUCACAGGCUUUCCCUCCGCUUCAACUGCCUUCUUCUCAUUUGCCUCCUCUGUCACAGGCUUGUCCUCCGCCUCCACUGCCUUCUCCUCAUUUGCCUCCUGUGUCUUCCCCUCCGCCGUCUCCUCUACCCUCCCCUUCUCCGCCUCCUUGGCCUCCUCCAACUUCGGCUUCUUCGCCGCCGCCCCUUCCACCUCCGUCUCCUCGCCGCCGCAUUCAGCAGCAGGAUCGCCUCCUUCCUCCCUCUCUCUCUUCUGACCGGCUGGUGCUGCUGUCGCUACGGCCACCUCCAUCUCGGGUUCAGCCAUGGCUGGAGAAGCGCGGUCGAAGCGGAGCUCCACCACCCGUCGGCGUUGGCGGUGUUCCUGGAUCGGGUUCGCCUAGGGUUUGAUGCUCGGUGGUUUGGAGACUUCCGUCCGAGGCGAGAGGGUUUAUGAGUAAGCGAGUUGCGGCGUCGGGGCCGAAUGGUUUGCUGAAAGCCCAGUGUGGCCUUGUGAAGCCCACAAGAUAGAGCCCAAGAGAGGAGCAAGGACGAAUCGUGCUCGUGAGUCGACAAGUCAAGGGAUGCGCUUUACCGACGGCGACGCGUACAAAAGCGGUUAUCGAAGCUACCGGAGAUGCCACUCCCCGCACCGUUCCGAGUUUUCUCCCCACCCACCUCCGCGGCUGCCAGUCCCGCCGGAGCGCAGCGCGCGCUGCUCUACGGACGCCGCGCGCCGUUCGCGGGAGCGCUCCUGUUUUUCAGCAUCGGCGCCGUCAGCGCUGCGGUCGCGUUCAGGACAGGGUGCGCCAUCUCACACCGACGUCCCCCCUUCCUCGGGGCAAGAGGUCUCAGUUCCACUAGAAUGGAGUCAGCUUCGACCACAGUGCCAUCCAUUGUCGUGUAUGUGACAGUUCCAAACAGGGAAGCAGGGAAGAAGCUGUCACAGAGCAUCAUCAGCGAGAAGCUUGCUGCUUGUGUCAAUAUAGUACCUGGCAUUGAAUCCGUGUACUGGUGGGAGGGAAAGGUACAAUCUGAUGCUGAAGAAUUACUCAUCAUCAAGACCAGGGAAUCACUUCUGGAUGCCUUGACUGCACAUGUCAAAGCCAAUCAUGAAUAUGAUGUUCCUGAAGUUAUUGCUCUGCCCAUAACUGGUGGUAACACCAAGUAUUUGGAAUGGAUCAAGAACAGCACCCGGGACAAGUGAUCUCUUUUUUUUUGGAGCUCGACAUAAUGCGAUGAUCGAAGUGCCCAUGGCUCCUUAGCUCUUCCAGUGGCUUGCACACAAGGGUGUAUCCUCUCUUGACCUGGACAUCUCAAUUACGUUGCUGUACCGAAUCCAUAUCUACCAUCUUCAGGUAACAAGUGAUUUGGUGUCCCGUGUGGGUAAUCCAAAUGCAUGCAUUGCUCUGAGUAUUGACAGGUUGGCUAGUGUAACGUGUAAGUCCAAACCAGAUCGUAUCCAAACAUGCGUAUUGUUGGUCUUUGAUCGAUAUUUGGGCCGAGUUUUCUGCUGGUGUGCC